AUGUGGGAACUCAGGCACCGGGGAGGCGGCGGCCCGGGCCCCGGGGGAGAGGCGGCGGCGCCACCCCGCGAGGGAGAGGCGGCCGGCGGCGACCACGAAACCGAGAGCACCAGUGACAAGGAAACAGAUAUUGAUGACAGAUAUGGAGACUUGGAUUCCAGAACAGAUUCUGAUAUUCCAGAAAUUCCACCAUCCCUAGAUAGAACCCCCGAGAUCCUCAAGAAAGCUCUGUCUGGUUUGUCUUCAAGAUGGAAAAACUGGUGGAUUCGUGGAAUUCUUACUCUGACGAUGAUUUCGUUGUUUUUCCUGAUCAUCUAUAUGGGAUCCUUUAUGCUGAUGCUUCUGGUUCUAAGCAUCCAAGUGAAAUGCUUCCAUGAAAUCAUCACCAUAGGUUACAGAGUCUAUCAUUCUUAUGACUUACCUUGGUUUAGAACACUGAGUUGGUACUUUCUGUUGUGUGUGAACUACUUUUUCUAUGGAGAGACUGUGGCUGAUUAUUUUGCUACAUUUGUUCAAAGAGAAGAGCAACUUCAGUUCCUCAUUCGCUACCACAGAUUUAUAUCAUUUGCCUUGUAUCUGGCAGGUUUCUGCAUGUUUGUGCUGAGCUUGGUGAAGAAACAUUACCGUCUGCAGUUUUAUAUGUUCGCAUGGACUCAUGUCACCUUACUGAUAACAGUUACUCAGUCACAUCUUGUCAUCCAAAAUCUGUUUGAAGGCAUGAUAUGGUUCCUUGUUCCAAUUUCAAGUGUUAUUUGCAAUGACAUAGCUGCUUACAUUUUUGGGUUUUUUUUUGGAAGAACUCCUUUAAUUAAGUUGUCUCCUAAGAAGACCUGGGAAGGAUUCAUUGGUGGUUUCUUUUCCACAGUUAUCUUUGGAUUCAUUGCUGCUUACCUGUUAUCCAAAUACCAGUACUUUGUCUGCCCAGUGGAAUACCGAAGUGAUGUAAACUCCUUCGUUACAGAGUGUGAACCCUCAGAACUUUUUCAGCUUCAGAGUUACUCACUUCCUCCCUUUCUGAAGGCAGUGUUGAGACAGGAAUCAGUGAGCAUGUACCCUUUCCAGAUACACAGCAUUGCUCUUUCCACGUUUGCAUCUUUGAUUGGUCCAUUCGGAGGCUUCUUUGCCAGCGGAUUCAAAAGAGCUUUCAAAAUCAAGGAUUUUGCAAACACCAUUCCUGGACAUGGCGGGAUAAUGGACAGAUUUGAUUGUCAGUAUUUGAUGGCAACUUUCGUGCAUGUGUACAUCACAAGUUUCAUAAGGGGUCCAAAUCCCAGCAAAGUGCUGCAGCAGCUGUUGGUGCUUCAACCAGAACAGCAGUUAAAUAUCUAUAAAACGUUGAAGACUCAUCUCAUUGAGAAGGGAAUACUACAGCCCACCUUGAAGGUAUAA